ACAACAGAAAUGGCCUCUUCCCAGGACGUCCACGUCCGAAUUUGUGGACAAGAAAUAAUCAAAUAUGAUCUCGAAAUUAAAGCUCUCAUUCAGGACAUUAGAGAAUGUCCGGGGCCACAAAGUGUGUUGAUGGAUUUCAACUCCGAAGUAAAAGAGCGAUUCAAUCAGCUACGACUGAGAAUCCAGAAUAUGGAGCAAAUGGCCAAGGAACAAGACCGAGAAACAGAAAAACAAGCCAUCUUGAGUGAGACAGAGAGUAAUCGUAGACAGAUGCUGAGUAACCAGACAGCUUGGAGGAAGGCAAACCUGGCAUGUAAACUGUCCAUUGACAACCUUGAGAAAGAUGAGCUGUUGUAUGGUGGAGACUCCACUGUGCGACAACGAAAAGCAACUAAGGAGAGUUUGGUCCAGACAUCCGGUGAUAUCACAGAGAGCCUGAUGAGCAUCAGUCGUAUGAUGGCUCAGUCGGUGUCGCAGAGCGAGGAGACCAUCGGCACUCUGGCUACGUCUUCAAGAACAGUCCUGGAAACUGAUGAAGAGUUCAAAGCCAUGACAGGAACCAUACAUUUGGGAAGGAAACUGAUCUCAAAAUAUAACAGACGAGAAUUGACUGACAAACUACUCAUCUUUCUAGCAGUGGCUUUGUUUUUAGCCACUGUCUUGUACAUUUUGAAAAAAAGGCUGUUCCCAUUCAUUUAGAGAGAACUGUGAGCAAUUUCCUGUUAUUCAUUAUUUUUUUUUGUCCCUUGAUAUCUGUCCAAAACUGUCUGUAAUAUAACUACAGUCAUGCCUGUCUUGUGCAUUUCCAUUAUGCACCUUCCCCAGACUGUCUACAGAACUGUCAGACUAUUUUUUUUAAAUGUUUUAUUUAACCUUUAUUUAACUAGGCAAUUAAGUUAAGAACAAAUUCUUAUUUACAAUGAUUGACUAGGAACAAUGAGUUAACUGCCUUGUUCAGGGGCUGAACGACAGAUUUUUACCUUGUCGGCUCGGGGAUUCGAUCACUGGCCCAGAACUGUGUCAGGCUGUCUGCAGAACUGUGUCAGGCUGUCUGCAGAGCUGUCAGGCUGACAUGCAUUAUCUAUCUAUACCACAGAGGAAUAACCUUGUUUAAGGGCUCAUAGCUGGCAGGGGCACUUUUUAAAAUAUAUAUUUUUUUUUUAUCCCAUUGCCCUACUUAUUCUUACUGUACAGUUUACCUGGAAUGUACAACCUGGCCGUAGUCCAUAUACAACAAGAAGGAAAUGGUUACUGUAGAUCUGUAUUGCUGAUGGAAUAGUGUUCCCAAAACACAUGUAUUUAGCAAAUUGUUGUGAGAGACUACUUAUUGUAUAAAAGAAUCAACUGUUUUACAACAUUUUGAAUAAACAAAUAUGUUUCUCAA